CAUUCUACCCAGAGGAGGACAGGUAAAUUAAGUGUUCUUCUUCUUUUUGCUUAAUUGUAAUUUGACACAAAUCAUCCUUUUGGUUACCUUCAGGAAAUAUACCUAUGGUACCUUCCAGCAUAAGGCCAAUGAGGAAUUUGUUCGUCAAUUUGCUCCUGCAGGUGGCCGUCGUCUUUCAUACAUAGAAAAGAGAUUUUGGCUUGAAAUGGUUCAUAAACAAGAAACAGUUGAGUAUGCAGUGAAUGUUGAAGGCAGCACCUUCUCCUCAGAUCCUGGCGACAAGCUUGCAACAAGCAAUGGCAAUUUGAAGUAUUUUAAUAAGCUGCCAGACAAUGUUUUUCGCCACCUGGAUAUAACUGUUCCGGUAUGGAGAAUGAUGCUUGAUUCUCAGUCUUUUAGGUCUUAAAAUUUUUUGAUAGUUUCUUAAACAAAUCUGUUGUAAAUUUAGGGAAUAACAGAUCCGAUGCUUUGCAUUGGUAUGAUAUACAGUAUUUUUGCCUGGCAUGUGGAAGAUCAACACGUAUAUAGGUACCAUUACUCUCUUUGCCAAUUCCAACUUUUUGCUUUUUGAUUCUCUGAUUUUCUCUUUUUUCUGGUAUUAGCAUCUACUUAUUAUAUUCUCAGCAUCAAUUAUCUUCACUCUGGAGCACCCAAAACUUGGUAUGGUGUUCCAGGUAAUGAGGCUCCUCAGUUCGAAAGGGGUAGCAAUGUAUCAUCUGUUUGCCGGUAAGAACUUUUCCCUCGAGGGUGAGGACAGAGUUUUCAAUAGGUUAGCAGGAAAAACAACAAUGUUUCGUCCAAAUUUAUUGCUGCAAAAUGGUGUACCUGUUUACAAGGCUCUGCAGAUGCCUGGGGAAUUUGUCGUUACCUUUCCUAGAGCAUAUCAUGGAGGAUUCAGUAAUGGUUUUAAUUGCGGCGAGGCAGUAAACUUUGCACUUAAAGAUUGGUUUCCAUUUGGGAAAUAUGCUGGAGGUCGGUAUGCACGUCUCCACAAGCAGUUGUUUAUUCCUUAUGAAGAGCUCCUUGUUAAAGAAGUAAUGUCGCUUAAUCACUCAGCUGCAGAAUCUGCCUCUCAAACUUCUGCUAAUGCUUGUUUUAGACAGCAUAUAAAAUCUCUAAACAGCACUCUCAUGAGCUUAAAGAAUCUAAAAGUUCCAUUUGUGUAUACACCAAAUUCUGAAACAUCAAUCUGCAGCCUAUGCUAUCAUGACUGCUACUUGGCCUCCGUCCGGUGUCAGUGUCGAACCAGAUGCCUUUUCCAUGGUAUGUUCCAACAUAUUCUUGCUCUUGUAGAAUCAUAAACAGUGAAUUUGGAUCCAAAUAGUCUGUCUCUCUUUUUCUUUUUUCAUGGCAUAACAGAGGUUAUGAAGCUUCAUUGUUCUAAUGGAUGUAACAUAACUGUGCAUCUAAGUUGAGAGGUGCUGAGUGUGGAAACUAAAGCUGGUGACCUUCAAUCAAAGAAAUAAUGUCAGAGAAUGCACAUAUAGUUUCUUGCAUUGAAGAUGGACUUGCUCUAGAUAGAGAGGCAAGCAAAACCUUAAUUCAAUCCUACAGUUUGUCAUAAGAACUCUUGGUGGUAUAUAUGUGAAGCCUGUGUUUUGGCUCCUGCCGCAUGAUAAUCUUUCAUAAUUUUGAUUUUAUACUAAAUGUUUCGGAUUUUUUUUC